AUGAACGAAGAAAUCUUACCCGACGCUGGAUAUGGUCCAUGGGGUCCCUUCAUCUCAGAUCGAUAUCAGCUUUUGAAAAUCACUCGGCUCGAUAUUGCUCUUGCAAGCACGGCAUUUGCUUUGGCCGGCGUCUUUGCCAUUCUAGCAGCAUACACCGUAGUCCGACAAAGCAGGCGGAGCGCGAAGCCUUGGAAAAGCGUCUACCUGUGGAUGGUAUGGCUGGAGUGGGCUGCUUCCGUCGUCAUCGCGAUCGAAUGCCUGUUAUUUCUUCUGCGAGUGAUUCGACCGAGCUUCUACUUUUACAUGUCCAUUUUGUUUUGCUGGACGAUUCAAAUCCAGUUGUUACUUCAGAUCAUCAUCAAUCGAAUCCGAAUCAUUCUACAAAGUAGAAGGCGAGGACAGCAGCUCAUGUGGGGAACUGCGUUCAUUAUCUCGUUGCUUUGCCUCAGCGUUUAUAUUAUUUGGAUUCCAGCCAGUCUUCAAAUCAGCCCGAGGUGGGUCCGCACCAACACAUACUGGGAUCGCGUGGAGAAAGUCAUCUACCUAUUCGUCGACGCAGCCCUCAACGUCUAUUUCAUACGAGUCGUAAAAGGCAACCUCGUCAAAAACGGCUUACACAAAUACGAUCGCCUGGUCCGCUUCAACCAGCGCAUGAUUGUGGUAUCAAUCUUAAUGGACGUCAUGAUCAUUGCAGCCAUGGACAUUCCAAACGGUUUCGUCUACGCCAUAUUCCACCCCCUCGCCUACCUCAUCAAACUCAACAUAGAAAUGUCCAUGGCAGACCUAAUCACCCGAGUCGCCCUGGGCACCCGCGUCCGCCCGGUGCAAGCUCAAACCCCAGUUUUCGUAGGCACACAACCCGCCAGCAGUUCCGUCACCACAAAGCCUCCAUCAUCUGCCCAUCGAACAUUUCUUCGCAGUCUUUCUCGCGGAAUAUUCAAACGUACGCGCGAUCAGCCGCAACAGAAUGAAGACGUCAUCAGCACGACGCGAGACUUUGCCGUUCGAAGCUCCCUAGCCCUCGGGCCAGAUAGUGUGCAAAUGGUAUCUAUACUUGAGGAAACCCCGCCCAGUGGCACUAGCUUGAGCAACCCAAUCUAUCCCGCGGGCCCGAGGAGUGCGGGAAAUGCAAGCAGUAUAUCUCCUGAUGAUCUUUCGUUGUAUAGUACUGAGUCGGAAGAGGUCCAAGAGCACUGCGUUGAUGAGGAGGGUGCAAAGCCAGAAUCUGUGUGGCCUUCUACUAAGUGGUCGGAGAUACGGCUGGAUAGGUCGGGCUAG